AUGCUGCCUAGGAUCGAGGUGGAGCUCGAUCGGUUGGUGGACCAGGGGGUGCUGGAGCCGGUCGCUUCCGCCCGGUGGGAGACCCUGAUAGUCACCCCAGUUAAAUACAACGGGGACGUGCACAUUUGCGCAGACUAUAAGUGCACAUUAAACAAGGCACUACAAGACCAUGUGUACCCGGUACUGGUGGUCAGCCAUGUGUUCGCAGCCCUGGUGGGAGCCCGGGUUUUCAACAAAUUAGACUUGGCCCAGGCAUACCUGCAACUCUUGGCGGAUGCUGCCACUGCCAAGGCCCAAACGAUAGCGAACCAUAAGGGGGCUUGUAAAAUUCAUCAGCUCCAGUUUGGGGUGUCGGAUGCACUGGGCAUUUUUCAAUCAUUUAUGCACUCUCUCCUGAAAGGAAUUCCCAGAGUUCAGCCGUUUCUAGAUGACGUGCUCAUCGCAGCCCUGGACGCAUCGACUUUCGCCGACCGGCUUCGUGCAGUGCUUCAGCGUUUCAACUAG